GCAUUGUGGGCUCGGAUAGAGCUGCGGAGUUGAGCCUGAAUGAAAGUGGCGCGCCGCCCCUGAUGUUAUCCGGCUAGGAGCGGCUGGCGUUCGGAUCCCAGGCGGUGUUCGGGUGCCGCGGACCUCUGGUGGGGACCAGACCUCGAGGAGGCGGCGGCAGAGGCGCGGAGAGCGUUGGUGAAGCCGAGCGGCUCUGCGCGGCCCCAAGACAUGGCUCAAAACAAGAUCCCACCGCGGUGGCUGAACUGUCCUCGGCGCGGGCAGCCGGUUGCAGGAAGAUUCUUACCUCUGAAGACAAUGUUAGGACCAAGAUAUGAUAGUCAAGUUGCUGAAGAAAAUCGAUUCCAUCCGAGUAUGCUCUCAAAUUAUCUAAAGAGUCUAAAGGUUAAAAUGGGCUUGUUGGUAGACCUGACAAAUACUUCAAGGUUUUAUGAUAGAAAUGACAUAGAAAAAGAAGGAAUCAAAUAUAUAAAACUUCAGUGUAAAGGACAUGGUGAGUGCCCUACAACUGAGGUUACUAAUACAUUUAUUCGUCUGUGUGAGCGGUUUAAUGACAGAAAUCCACCUGAACUUAUCGGCGUUCAUUGCACCCAUGGUUUCAAUCGUACUGGCUUCCUCAUAUGUGCCUUUUUGGUGGAGAAAAUGGAUUGGAGUAUUGAAGCAGCAGUUGCUACUUUUGCCCAAGCCAGACCACCAGGAAUCUAUAAGGAGGAUUAUUUGAAGGAACUUUUUCGUCGCUAUGGUGAUAUAGAAGAAGCACCACCCCCACCUCUAUUGCCAGAUUGGUGUUUUGAAGAUGAUGACGAUGAAGAUGAGGAAGAGGAUGGAAAAAAGGAAUCGGAACCUGGGUCGAGUACUUCCUUUGGAAAAAGGAGAAAAGAACGGUUAAAACUGGGUGCUAUUUUCUUGGAAGGUAUAACUGUGAAAGGUGUAACUCAAGUAACAACUCAACCAAAGCUAGGAGAAGUACAGCAGAAGUGUCAUCAAUUCUGUGGCUGGGAAGGGUCUGGAUUCCCUGGAGCACAGCCCGUUUCCAUGGACAAGCAAAAUAUUAAACUUUUAGAGCAGAAGCCAUAUAAAGUAAGCUGGAAAGCAGAUGGUACUCGUUAUAUGAUGUUGAUUGAUGGCACAAAUGAAGUUUUUAUGAUUGAUAGAGACAAUUCAGUGUUUCAUGUUUCAAAUCUGGAAUUUCCAUUUCGUAAAGAUCUUCGUAUGCAUUUAUCGAAUACUCUUUUGGAUGGGGAGAUGAUUAUUGACAGAGUAAACGGACAGGCUGUUCCUAGAUAUUUGAUAUAUGACAUCAUUAAAUUCAAUGCACAGCCAGUUGGAGAUUGUGAUUUUAAUAUCCGUCUUCAGUGUAUAGAACGAGAAAUUAUAAAUCCUCGACAUGAAAAAAUGAAGACUGGGCUCAUUGACAAAACACAGGAACCAUUUAGUGUCAGAAAUAAGCCAUUUUUUGACAUUCAUACUUCAAGAAAGCUACUUGAAGGAAAUUUUGCCAAAGAAGUCAGUCAUGAAAUGGAUGGACUUAUAUUUCAGCCUAUCGGGAAAUAUAAACCUGGUCGAUGUGAUGAUAUUUUGAAGUGGAAACCUCCCAGUCUGAAUUCUGUGGAUUUUCGCCUGAAGAUAACAAGAAUGGGAGGAGAAGGGUUACUUCCUCAGAAUGUUGGCCUUCUGUAUGUUGGAGGUUAUGAAAGACCCUUUGCACAAAUUAAGGUGACAAAAGAGCUAAAACAGUAUGACAACAAAAUUAUAGAAUGCAAAUUUGAGAAUAACAGCUGGGUCUUCAUGAGACAGAGAACAGACAAAAGUUUUCCUAACGCCUAUAACACUGCCAUGGCCGUGUGCAAUAGCAUCUCAAACCCUGUCACCAAGGAGAUGCUGUUCGAGUUCAUUGACAGAUGUGCUGCAGCUUCUCAAGGACUGAAGCGAAAGCAUCAUCUGGACCCCGACGCGGAGCUCAUGCCACCGCCGCCUCCCAAAAGACCGCGCCCUUUGACCUAAGCCCUGCCUUGACUUCAGGGUUAAGAGGAGAGAUGAGUGAGAAAAAAAAUCCUGUUGCCCCAUUUGUUUUGCAGACAGAGAAGUUCAGAAGUGAGUGUGGCUUGAUGUUGAUAGACAGCUGAAUUUUUUUAAGCAAAGGGUAUUGUAGCCAGCCUGUAAAUAUUUGGUGCAUUUGUUUUGUCAGUGCUACAGUACAUCAUAGACUUAAAACGUUUUAUUUAUAUCUGAAAACUCAGCCUUACCUUGUGGAGUCUGAAGAUUGAAAUAUCCAAAGGUUUACCCAAGAUUGAAA